CAUCUGAAAAGACCAACAGAAAAAAAACUUUCCCACACAUCUCCAGUAACACUCCCUUCUCACGCCAAACUCCCUAUUCAAACCCAGUCCCACCCCAACCUCCACACACGCAAGCGGUUAGCACCGCAACCCCCCUCCUCGCACCAGACCCACGACCUGCACUUCCAAGGGUCAAUAUUUUUUCUUCUAUCAAUCUCCGGUUAG